CCGGGCUGGAGCCGCGCGGCGGUCAGAGGCGGCUGCUCGCUGCUGCUGCUGCUGCUGCCGGGCUGAGAGCCGCCGGAGCCGGGCUUGGACCGCGCGUCGGAGCGCCCCCCGGACCUCUCCAAAGGCGCACGCCGCUUGCGCGCAGAGCCAAAGUUGGAGCCUUGGGUUUACAUUGUAUUUUUGUGUGGGGGUCUUUCUUUCCUCGGAUCUGCCUUUGGGGGGCGGGGGGGGGGGUCCGCUUGGAUCCGGCGGGAGCUUCAGCCGGAGGACGAUGUGAGGCUGGCCCCCUGGCUGCGGGCUGGGGGGCCCUCGGCGAGCGGCCGCAGCAGCAGCAGCAGGAGGAGGAGGAGGAAGAAGAAGAGGAGGCGAAGCGCGGAUGUCGCCCUCGGCCGCUCUCCGCCAGCCGAUCGCCGGAGCCGGGCGCUCGCCGCUCCCCUCGGAGGCCGGGCGGCUGCGGGCGGCGGAGGACUGACGGAGGGAUGCUCUGGAUCGGGGCCCCGAGGCAGCCUCCUUCGCCUGCCCUCCGGGAGAUGCUGCUCACGCUCGCCUUCUGCUUGGCAUCGAGGCAGACCUGGGCAGCGCCCGUGCCCGCCGCCCCACAGAUGACGCUGGGAGUUGAUUGGCUGGCGAGAAUUUGGCUACUUGCCCGUCCAGAUCCCAUCACCAGGACAGCUGGACGCAGAAGGGCUUACCAGAAAGCCAUAUCAUGGCUGUGCAACAGUUGAGGGCCUUGAAACCACGGGUAUUGUAGAUGAAGCCACACUGAAAUUAAUGAAGACGCCUCGGUGCUCUUUACCUGAUCUUUCCGAAUCUGAGGCCAGGAGGAAGCGGCAUGCUCAGGCGGUGACCAAAUGGAACAAAAGGAACUUAUCUUGGAGAGUCCGCACCUUUCCCAAGGAAUCUCACCUGGGCCAUGACACCGUCCGGGCCCUCAUGUACUACGCCCUGAAGGUGUGGAGUGACAUCACGCCGCUGAAUUUCCAUGAAGUGGCAGGCAGCAAUGCCGACAUACAAAUAGACUUCUCCAAAUCGGAUCAUAAUGAUGGAUACCCCUUUGACGGCCCGGGUGGCACAGUGGCUCAUGCCUUCUUCCCGGGGGAGCAUCACACCGCUGGAGACACCCACUUUGACGAUGACGAAUAUUGGACUUUCCGAUCAGCAGAUACCAACGGAAUGGACCUAUUUGCUGUCGCAGUCCAUGAAUUCGGCCAUGCCAUUGGCUUAAGCCACAUCUCUGCCAUAGAGUCCAUUAUGAGGCCAUAUUACCAGGGGCCUGUGGGGGAUCCCUUGAAAUACGACCUGCCUUAUGAAGACAAAGUUCGGAUCUGGCAACUGUAUGGGGUCCGGGAGUCUGUGUCUCCAACAGCCAAACCCGAAGCCACAAAAGAGGACGACCACCCGUUCCUGCCUGACUUGCCGGAGAAUCGGUCCUCCACCCCGCUCCGAAGAGACGUGCCCAACAGAUGCAGCACGCAUUUUGAUGCAGUGGCUCAGAUCAGAGGAGAGGCCUUCUUUUUCAAAGGCAAAUACUUCUGGAGACUGACCCGCAACAAGCAUUUGGUCUCCCUCCAGCCAGCCCAGAUCCACCGUUUCUGGCGGGGCUUGCCUCUAAACCUGGACAGCGUGGACGCUGUUUACGAAAGGACCAACGACCAUAAGAUCGUGUUCUUCAAAGGAGACAGAUACUGGGUGUUCAAAGACAAUAACGUGGAGGAAGGCUACCCUCGGCCAAUCUCGGAUUUUGGCUUGCCGCUGGGAGGCAUCGACGCCGCGUUUUCCUGGGCCCACAAUGACAAGGCUUAUUUCUUUAAGGAUAAUCUGUACUGGAGCUACAGUGACCGCGAGCGGCGAAUGGACCCCGGCUAUCCUUCAGAGGACAUCCUGUGGAAAGGGAUUCCCAGCAACUUGGAUGAUGCCACGCGGUGGUCAGACGGGUCUAUCUACUUUUUCAAGGGCAAGGAAUACUGGAAAAUAUUGGACAGCAGCCUUCAAGCGGAGCCCGGUUACCCACAAUCCAUUGCGAGGGACUGGCUGGUGUGCGGUGACAUGCAAUCGGAUGCGCCUGAGCCGGCCGAGAGCACCAGGACUGGGGUGCGUUCCAAGCAAGGGCACCACGACGAGAGUCGUUCCGAGAGCGAGGUGUGCUCAUGCACCUCCUCCUCCUCCGGCCCGCUCUGGUCGUGCUCAGUGCUCGGACUCUCCACAGGCCUCGUCUUUGCUAGCCUUUGGACAGCGGUUUUGGCCACUGGGCCACUAUGACAGCUAGCAGAACAAGGACUGGACAAUACUGCAGCGAUUCAGGGAUGCAAAGGGGAGGGGGGGAUUAAAAAAAACCACAGGAUGCCGCACUGUUAAAACAAGCAACACACAACAUUCCUAGGAACGUGUUGGGAACGGUUUCAGAUUCUCCAUGAGAAGCGAACUUUGCUUUUUUCUUUUCUUUUUUUGGUCUUUCUGUCCGAUUUUGUUCUUUAUUUUUUUAAUUUAAUGAGCUUUAACAGCAGACGCUGGGGGGGAGGGGUUCACUUUCUUGUCACCCCACUCCCUUACCCCAGACAGUGGAAAGAAUAAAGAUCCCGACUCGUCUUGGAGUCAGGAAUAUUGCCUA